CGUUAAAUAUCCGUUUCCCUUUGCGCUGUCUCUCUCUGCGCUCUACCAACUCGUCGACUUCCGGCGGAACUCGUCGAUUUCUGCUUUACUGAUUUCAUACUCUCUUUUUCGUCGAUCCCUGCUUCACUGGACGCUGUUCUUUUAUCGGAUUUAAAUCUCUGGCGCGCCGUCGUCGUCUGAGGAACGAAUUAGUGUCGGAGGAAGAACACAUCGCGGCAGGAUUGGAAGGUGGUAGAUACUGUGUUCUGCGAGUCCGAUCCGCGGAUCCUUGCGGAAUAAGUCUUGUCGGAGGUAGUUAUGGCCACAAUUGCUGACAUAGGGUUUGCAGCAGGCAUUAACUUCCUCACUGCCUUGGCAUUCCUCGUGGCAUUUGCUGUUCUAAGGAUCCAGCCAGUAAAUGACAGGGUUUAUUUUUCAAAAUGGUAUCUUAAAGGUACAAGAAGCAGUCCACCUCAUGGCGGAGCAUUUGUGCAAAAGUUUGUCAAUUUGAAUUGGAGGUCAUACUUGCGAUUUUUGGAAUGGGUGCCGGAUGCUCUCAAGAUGCCUGAACCAGAGCUUAUAGACCAUGCAGGACUUGACUCUGUGGUCUUCUUGCGAAUAUACUUGAUUGGACUUAAAAUCUUUAUUCCCAUUGCAAUCCUGGCAUUUGGUGUUCUUGUCCCUGUAAACUGGACUAGUAACGGACUAAAAGAUUCAAAGAGUUUAGAAUACAGUGACGUUGACAAACUAUCAGUAUCCAAUAUCUCUACUGGGUCACAGAGGUUUUGGACCCAUUUGGUCAUGGCAUAUGCCUUUACCUUUUGGACAUGUUAUGUUUUGAACAAGGAGUAUGACAUUAUUGCAUCAAUGAGGUUACAUUUUCUUGCAUCAACGAAACGCCGUCCUGAUCAGUUCACUGUCCUCGUUCGGAAUGUGCCACCUGAUCCAGAUGAGUCAGUUGAUGAGCUUGUUGAACAUUUUUUCCUUGUCAAUCAUCCUGAUCAAUAUUUAACCCACCAGGUUGUGUAUAACGCAAACACACUGGCUAAGCUGGUUAAAGAGAAGAAAAAAAUGGUGAAUUGGCAAGAUUUCUAUCAAUUGAGAUAUGAACGUAAUCCAUCAACAAGACCUACUCGCAAGACUGGUUUUCUGGGACUGUGUGGUGACAAGGUGGAUGCGAUUGAAUACUACACAUCUAAGAUUGAUAAGCUUUCUGAGGAAGAAACUGCUGAACGUGAGAAGAUAGUAAAGAAUCCCAAGUUUGUCAUGCCAGUUGCAUUUGUUUCCUUCCGAACACGGUGGGGAGCAGCUGUUUGUGCACAGACACAACAAACUAGAAAUCCAACAUUGUGGUUGACUGAAUGGGCUCCAGAACCACGUGAUGUUUACUGGCAUAACCUAGCCAUUCCUUUUGUUCACAUUGCAAUCAGGCGAUUGAUAGUGACUGUUGCUGUCUUCUUUCUAACAUUCUUCUUUAUGAUCCCAAUAACAUUCGUUCAGACCCUCGCAAACAUUGAGGGAAUUGAGAAGGCAGCUCCAUUUUUGAAGCCAUUAAUUGAAGUGCCUGUCAUUAAAUCAUUUAUCCAAGGUUUUCUCCCAGGAAUUGCUCUGAAGAUAUUUCUUAUAUUUCUGCCAACAAUAUUGAUGAUUAUGUCAAAGUUUGAAGGACUUGUAUCCCUGUCCUCCCUUCAGCGGCAAUCUGCAUCUAAAUAUUACCUCUUUCUGCUAGUGAAUGUAUUCUUAGGGAGUAUUAUUCUUGGAACAGCUUUUCAGCAGCUAAAUAGUUUUAUUCAUCAGUCAGCAACUGAAAUCCCGAAGACUAUAGGUGUAUCCAUACCACAGAAAGCAACUUUCUUCAUCACUUUUAUCAUGGUUGAUGGUUGGGCUGGAGUUGCUGGGGAGAUUCUUAGAUUGAAGCCUUUAAUAAUCUUCCACUUGAAGAAUUUCUUUCUAGUAAAGACCGAAAAGGACAGAGAAGAGGCAAUGGAUCCAGGAAGCAUUGAGUUUUCUACAUCUGAGCCUCAGAUACAGCUGUAUUUCUUGCUUGGUCUUGUGUACUCUGCUAUCACACCCUUUUUACUUCCAUUCAUACUAGUGUUUUUUGCUCUGGCAUAUGUUGUCUUUCGCCAUCAGAUUAUUAAUGUGUACAACCAAGAAUAUGAGAGUGCAGCCGCAUUUUGGCCAGAUGUUCAUGGCCGCAUUAUCUUUGCACUGGUCACAUCUCAGAUUCUUCUACUUGGACUCUUAAGUACAAAGAAAGCUGCUGAAUCAACACCUUUCCUCAUUGCCCUUCCUAUAUUGACUAUAUGGUUUCAUAGAUUUUGCAAGAAUCGUUAUGAAUCCGCUUUUGUUAAAUAUCCACUUCAGGAAGCGAUGAUGAAAGAUACAUUAGAACAUGCUCGGGAGCCGAAUCUAAACUUGAAAGCAUACUUAUCAAAUACUUACCUACAUCCAGUCUUCAAAGAAGAUGAGGAGAAUGAUGGAAUCUUUGCAUCUGACGAAGAGAAAGAUUAUGAUAACGUACUGGUACCAACUAAGCGCCAGUCUCGUCGAAACACCCCGAUCCCCAGCAAACAUGGCCGAUCAUCGCCACCUUCCGAUAUCGAUAUCAUCCCAUUACAUUUGUAGGUUCCUGUUCUAUCUUUUCUAGUGAAAAAAAUACGUGGAAUUCGCAAAGUUGAUGAAUCUGGGCAUGAUCUUUGCAUCGGUUUAUUACAAGUGCUACGCCUGGUUUGAAAGAUUGAGCCAAUACUUGAUUUGUUGAAAGUUGGCUUACAAUUUUCUUUCAUCUCUGCUGACAAAUCUGUAUCAGUUUCACUUAGAUUGAUUUUAUAGAGUUUGUUUGCACAGUAGAAAUAAGGAAAUAUGUACAUUUGAGCUUCGUUAUUUCUAUAGGAUAAUAGCGUUUAUAAA